GUUCCUCGUUAACCGUGCCCUCAAAUCUCUCUUGUCUCCUUUCUUACAAACGACGUCGUUUCAGUCACCUCCCACUUUUACUUCCAAACUCCCAUGAGAUUCAAAACACCACAACCCCAACCCUUCAUCUAAACACAAAACGCCACAAACAUGGUUGCCGGAAAAGUCAAAGUAGCAAUGGGGUUUAACAAGUCACCGGCGCCGGCGGCCAAGACUCCUCCGCCGCCAAAGAAGCAUCCACCACCUCCUUCACCGUCAACAACAACAACCUCCGCCAACAAAUCCACCUCCAACAAAUCAUCAUUCACGCGCUCAUUCGGCGCGUACUUCCCUCGCUCCUCCGCUCAGGUGCAGCCGCGUCCACCGGACGUGACGGAGCUCCUCCGCAUGGUGGAGGAGCUCCGAGAGAGCGAGUCUCGUUUGAAAACAGAGCUUCUCGAGCACAAGCUUCUGAAGGAGACCGCCGCCAUUGUUCCUGUCCUGGAGAACGAGAUCACAGCGAGGGAAAGUGAGAUUGAGAGGAGCAAGAGGAAAGCGGAGGAGACAGAAGCAGAGAACGAGAUUCUGAAGAAGGAGUUGCAGGAGUUGAAGCUCCGUUUGGAAGAGGAGAAGAGAGAGUACGAGAGAAAAACGAAGGCGUUGGAGGAUGAGAUAGCAGAGCUCAAGAAAACGACAUCGUACAGUGGCACCACCACCAGAGCAGAGUCACUGUCACGUGACGAGCACGAGCAGUUUUCUUCAUCACAGAGGUUCCAUGAGGUUUUAGCGAGGUGCAAUCGCGUGAAGAAAACGACGUCGGAUUAUGGAAGCGUGAGCCAGAAGCAGAACAACAACAAUGAAGGUUCGGAUUCGAGGAGGGAGAGUUUGGAAUCUGAAAGGCCGCGUCACUCGCGGUGUAACUCGGAGGAACUCGCUGAGUGUGCUGACUCAGUAGCUCUUGCCGUUAGCGUCAGAUCUCGCGGUCCUCGAGUUCCUAACCCGCCGCCGAGACCUUCCUCUUCUACCUCGCCGGCGUCACCUUCGAGUGUUGUUUCCAGUAAUGGCGAAACAGAGCAACCGCUUCCGCCGCAGGUGAAUGUAGCUCCUCCACCGCCUCCGCCUCCCCCGAGGAAACUUGCUUCCAAAGCAGCAGCAGCAGCACCUCCGCCUCCCCCGCCACCGCCUAGGGGGCUGAGGGCGGCUCCGUCGAAGGUGAGGAGAGUGCCGGAGGUGGUAGAGUUUUACCACUCGUUGAUGCGGAGAGAUUCGCAGUCGCGGAGGGAGUCGAGCUCCGGCGGCGGUGCGGAGGUGCCGGCGACGGCGAACGCGCGUGACAUGAUCGGCGAGAUUGAGAACCGUUCAACUCACUUACUUGCGAUAAAAACAGAUGUAGAAACACAAGGAGACUUUAUUAGAUACUUGAUCAAAGAAGUGGAAGGUGCAGCAUUCACGGACAUUGAAGAUGUGGUGCCUUUUGUCAAAUGGCUUGAUGAUGAGCUCUCCUAUUUGGUUGAUGAGAGGGCAGUGCUCAAACACUUUGAUUGGCCGGAGCAAAAGGCCGACGCUCUGCGCGAGGCUGCGUUUGCGUAUUGUGAUCUGAAGAAGCUGGAAUCGGAGGCUUCCUCAUUCCGCGACGACCCUAGGCAGCUGUGUGGCCCAGCUCUGAAGAAGAUGCAGACUCUCUUUGAGAAAUUAGAACAUGGGCUGUACAAUAUCUCAAGAAUGAGAGAGUCGUCCACAAAGAAAUACAAAGUCUUCCAUAUACCUGUAGAUUGGAUGCUUGAUAAUGGUUAUGUGAACCAGAUCAAGCUGGCAUCAGUAAAAUUGGCCAUGAAGUAUAUGAAGAGAGUCUCUGCUGAGCUUGAGACUGUUGGUGGUGGACCUGAAGAAGAAGAGCUCAUUGUCCAAGGAGUUAAAUUUGCAUUCCGAGUACAUCAGUUUGCCAGCGGCUUUGAUGUCGAAACAAUGAGGGCAUUCCAAGAAUUGAGAGAUAAGGCGAAUUCAUGCCAUGUCCAAUGCCACAGCCACCAACAAAAAUUCUUUUGCAGGUCUACAACAUGCUAAUACUGGAGCAAACUCAGCUUCAGAGAAUUAGUAUCAUUUUCCACUGUAAUUUGUGAAUAGAAUGGCAAUAGUAGCCAUCCUUUAAGUAGAACACAUUUAUAAUUUUAUGAUCCACCUAUUCUUUUGUUACUUGGAAACAAGACAACAUUAAAAUUUGUUACCACUCUGGCACAUGUUGCUCCUGCAAAUUCUCUGAAAA